AUGGCUUCGUCCCUCCUCCCAAAACAUCCGCUUCAGCGGAUGCACAGUCCAUCCAGAGGCUUCUCGUCCCUGGUCCAUCUGCUAGGAUUGGCGAGUUUUCUCUGGUCUUUCAAAUUUAUCCAUGAGAAUCCCAGCCAGGCCAAUGAAGCAUACGGCUGGCAUUUCCAGUACCUGACCAUCAUCGGGUUGACCUUGUCGACUCUCGCAUUUGCCGCGGGUCUCCUGGCUGAUCUGAUCUUGUCUCCACGCCUGUUCUUGCUCAAAAACCUCUUGUCUAUUUGCUGCGCGCCUCUAGAGGUUCUAAUCAGCGUUCUGUACUGGGGUCUGCGUCUGAUUGAUCCGGAAUUGGUCGUCCCCCCGACGGUGGUAAUCCCCUUGAAUGCUGACAUCAGCAUGCAUGCCGUUCCUGCGGUGGUUUUGUUGCUCGAUCUGCUCCUUCUCUCCCCGCCCUGGACAAUAACCGUCGUCCCGGCCCUUGGCCUGUCUGGGGUCAUCGCCAUGUUCUAUUGGUUCUGGAUUGAACACUGCUACCAGCACAAUGGAUGGUACCCAUACCCCAUUUUCGAGAUGCUUCCCAGGGACGGUCGCAUCGGACUCUUCACUCUCAGUGCCGUCGUGAUGGCUAUGAGUACGGCUACGCUGAAGUGGUUGUAUGGAAAGGUAAACGGCUAUGGCACCGAAGCUGUGGCUACAUCGCAUCCUGGUGCGGUCAAGGAGAAUGGGGAGGCAAGUCAUUAA